UUAUCAUUUAUUCCUAUGUCGUAAUUUUGAAAAGCAAAUAGGAUUGGAACUACUUUGCUCGUCUCAAUUGUUUACAAUCGAAACACUGAGGCUUUGUGAGCUAAAAUGCAUUCUAACUACCGAGCCUCUGGAAAAUGCCAAGAAAGAAGUGUGAUCUUUGAGAGAUCUUCGUCAACAAAAGUCAAAUUUUAGGAUAUUCUAAGCGUCUUGCUCCAAUAUUCUGGCUAUGGCGCUGGCUUCCAUCGACCUCUACGCGCAAGCCAUUCCUGUCCAGGAUCUUCUCGCGCAAGGAAUCACGAGUGUGCCAGAGGCUUACAUACAGCCCCACCCUCCAAUCUAUGGCUCGCAGCGUGGCAAUUCGACUCAGAUCCCGGUGAUUGACCUGACGCUGCCCGAGGAGGAGAUCACCGAUACGAUCGCGAGGGCGUGCAAGGAUUGGGGCUUCUUUCAGGUGAUCUCUCACGGCGUGGCGCAGGAGAUUGUUGAUGGGAUGCUCCAGGCGGCCAAGGAUUUCUUCGAUCUUCCCAUGGCAGUGAGGAUGAAAUAUUUCAGCGCCACGCCGGUCCCCAAGACCACCGGCUACUCGGUCAGAUUCGACAACUCGAGCGUCGUGGAUUGCCGAGAUUUCCUCUUCCAGAGCCUUUGCUAUCCUCCGUCUAGCGAUGCCGUUAAAGAAUCGUGCCCGAGCGAUCCUCCACACUACCGGUGAGCGCAAAUUUUCCGAGAAUGCAAUCUUGAUCGAUUCCUAUCGUUUUU